GAAGAAUCAGUCUUGUUUGAGUGAGCUCCUUCCACUAGAAAUUGAAGGGAUGGGAAAAAGGAAAGCCACAGAUAACGAAGAUCUCAAGACAUCUGGUCAUAACUCAUGUUGUGGGAUAUCGUCGAUGCUUUAUGGGAUAAAGAAGAAGGUAAAUACGAAGCGUAGCUUUUCUCCUAAAACACCGCCAGUUACCUCGGCAAAAAAGCCCGUAAUCUCAAGCCCGAGCCCGAAACUUAAGCGGAACUUAUCUCAAGUAUAUGAAGGAGAUGACUCUUUAUCAGAAACUGAAACUUUCGAAAGGGAAAAGAAGUCUAAGAUCACUACUAUUACGGAAAAUGAAAAGUCCAAAAAGGAAAAGAAAAAGCCUACCCAAGACGAUGAUGAUGAUGAUGCUAAGUUACAAAGUAAGAAGGAAAAAACAGAUGUUAAUAAGCCAAACCGCAAAAAUAAGGAGAUAGAGACUUGAAAAUUUGGCACCAAUUGUAACUUUUAGAAAUAAAUUAAUCACUGAAGAAUAGGGAAAAUUAACUUCCAAGUAAACGGUUUAUUAGUGGUGUGAUCUUCUCCGGCUACCAGUUAUUUAAGGUAUUCAGCAUGUUCAAUUAUUAUUGACAUUUUAUGUAAUCUAUCAAGGAACCCCUCGUUCCUUUUUCGUUUUCUUUGUUCACUUGUUUUAUUUUAUGAAGUACGAAAUAAUGAGCCAACGUACCUUAUGGUGUAUCCUGUUGUAUUACUCUAUAAUACUAGGUAAUUUGUUUGUGCUUUUCAUAAAAGGAUAUC